AUGCCCCCGGCCCUACUUUCACGCACAUUGGAUCCUAUCCUAGGUGUAUUCACAGGUGUAUUCGCCUAUUACUUGUACGAAAUCAAUCCACGUUCAGGCAUUGCACAAGGGGACAGGCUUUCUGAGCUGACGGCGUGGAGAUGGGCGAAGUGGCGAAAUGAGCGCCGAAACAAGCUGAGUGAAGGGGGUGAAGAAGAGGCCUUGGAUGCGAUUAAGAAGGAAGUCGAGAAGGAGAGGGAAUGA